AUGCGUCGACUUCUCUGUGUGCAUGUUUUGCUAUGCUGCCUCAGUAUGGCUCAUCCCUUCUGUCCAUCCCAGUGCACCUGUGUCUUCCAUGGACGAACAGAUGGAACUGGAUCCAGGUAAUUUAACUCCACAUCUUCUCUUAUUCACAUACUUCUAUUGUUGUUCAUUUGGAAGAAAUGAGACCUGAACUAAAACUUAGAAAGAGGGUUACCUAAUUUUUCAUUCUCUCUUCACCUCAACCUACAAACUAUUGAAUGGUAUAUAAAAAUAAAUCCUGCUAUCUAUUAAUCUAGGUCCAGUUCUGAACUGAAACCGACAUUCUUGCUAGUGUUUCAGUGGUUGAACUAAAAGAUGACCCAUUUCAGUGAGCACAUAAAGCAGAACUGCACCUAAGCCACCUGGUGCAAAGGCUUUUAAAACAUCUUCAGGUAAAAAUAACACACUUAACAAAUUGUUUUUACAUUUGCUGAGAGGUGCACAAAAAUGUUUGAAAUGUGACCGAAUUCGGAUAAAUGCAGAACCAUGAAAAUUAAGGUAGUAGCAUAAACAUCGAGGUUAAAAAUAGUCAAGCUCAAGCCUGUUCAUGCUCUUUUUCAAAACAGGUUCAUAUUUAGAUCACUAGAGUGUAAUUCAUCAGGCUGAGCUGAUGUGUAUUGAUAUAAUACAUAUUCCUGAGUACAGUGCCAAUCCAGUUACCCCUGAGAAAGAUCUAAUUGCCAUCUUCAUAAUCUGUCAGUGCUAAAUCCGCCUGUGCCAUGCAUCUCCGUCAUUGCACUUCAGUUCUGGCAACACAUUGACAUGCUAAUUUUAGUCCACUUACUUUGACAGACAAGCUAAUUGAAAUUCCUUGAGUUCAAUUGGUUUCUAAAAGGGAAUAAUUACAAACAACACACAGAGAAGGUUGACUUUUCAGCAGUAAUGCAUGGUAAAGGAAUCAAAGCUGCAGUGGUGGUACUGUUAAUGUUAACUGUUUAGGUGUGUCAGCACAUGUCCUGGGAUAACACUUUUUUUGCCACAAUUAACAGCUACUUGAUAGCAAAUGCAAUAUUUAUGGUUACCACCAUCACUGAUUUCCCCUUAGCUCAUCAAUCAUGUCAGAAAUAGUGUCCCAAAUCACAUUAGAGAACUUGGAUGGAUGGAUGGUCCAAUGGAUUGAUAAAUGGAUAAAUGAAAAGGUGAGAGGACAAAUUAAAUGGUCAGAUAUAAAAAAAUAAUAAUUGGAUGGAUUACAGGAUGGGGGAAGAGUGGAAAAAUGUUUUAAAAGAUAAUACAAUGAUACAAAAUAAUUCAGAGAGACCAGAUAGAGGGUUUGAUGGAUGGUGAUGAAUGGAUGAAAGAGCAGAUGGAUGUAGAUGGACUGAUAGAAAGAUGGAUGAACGAACUGUUGGAUCCAUGAAUUGGUGUUUGGUAGACGGAUGGAUGAACUGAUGACUGAUUGGAUGAUCCAUAGAUGGAGAUAGAUGAUAAAUAAAUGGAUAAACAAUUUUGCAGAUGGAUGGAUGGAUGGAUUAAAAAAGCUCAUCCAACAUUGUCUUCUGCCGACACACAUUUUUAGGGUUGCCAAAACAGUUGCCUGUUUUCUGAUACAUGCAAACUAUUUAACUUCCUGUUCUUAUUCCCAGAUCUGUGCUCUGCAAUGAUCCAGACAUGUCUGACAUCCCUGUCAACGUCCCUGUGGAUACUGUCAAACUUCGUGUUGAGAAAACAGCAGUGCGGCGAAUCCCAACAGAGGCUUUUUACUACCUGGCGGACCUGCGCUAUUUGUGGAUUACUUACAAUUCCAUAACCUCAGUGGAUACUGGAAGCUUCUACAACCUGAAAAUGCUCCACGAGCUGAGGCUGGAUGGAAAUAUGAUAUCCAUGUUUCCUUGGGAGUCUCUGAAAGAGAUGCCCAGGCUGAGGACACUUGAUCUACACAACAACAGACUAACCAAUAUUCCCAUGGAAGCAAUUCCCUUCCUCCUCAACAUAACCUACUUGGAUCUAUCCAGCAACAAGUUAACCACGCUGCCCUCUGAGCUCAUGGACAUCUGGCCUCCAUUCAAUGGACUACCUAUCUCCAGUAAUAGUUCUCAGAAAGUUGUCUUGGGUAAGAACACAGCAGUGUUUGUGAAUUGGUCUUACUGGAUAAAAAAAGCAGAGGCAAGGACCUUAAGGGGUUAACUAUAGCAACCUCAAAACCUUCAUCCGUACAACACCUUUUAAUCUAGUCUGAUUUCUUUUGACUGGCUCCUACUGCCCUGGUAGUGAAAGUCAGUGCAAAGUUAAAUUAGCUUAUUCUAAGUAGGGACAGAGUUGGCACUGUGGACACCAUGAUCAAUUUAUGGUCCUAAUUCAAAGCUGAAUAUUUAACACACUGCCUCUUGGCAACCCGAGGCAAGAUCUAGUUCAGAUGAACAAUUUAAACCUUUCUGAUGGAGCACCUGAGAUGUAGAUUAAGUCAAUUACUACGCAAUUGAAGUAGACCUGCAGCUCACAGUGUUUUCCAGUGAUCAAACAUUCAUGCAACAAAAACACUUCUUCAUUAUUGAAGCCACAUAAAUAGUGUAAGAAACAAAACUAAACAACUACUGAAGGUUUCAUUUUCUUUAGAGUGAUCUAGUAAAUUAUUGGUCAAAACUUGCUUGUACAUAACUAAUAUAAAUAUGAGUAAGACUACCAAUUCACGCUAGCCAAAAUGGCUAAUUUGGUCAGUAUGCCUGCAACUGAUAUCAGGGUUUUUCAAAUUUCUGUAAAGUCUUAAAAUCUGUAAAUAUUAUUUUAAAAAAUCUGAUUUAGGCCUACUUCAUUUUAGCAAAUGAAUAUCAAUAUGUAAAGCUUAGGUUCCCAUUAAACUGUGUUCAUCAUAUCAGCAGGUGUAAAAUCACAACUACAGAGAAGGAGUCUGUGCUUUUAAAUUCCUCUAAAAUAGUCAACACAGUGAUUUAAAAAGAGUUUCUGGCAAUGGUACUUGGCAAAAAGGUAUCAACAACAAAACAGGGGACAGGAAUUCAAAACACAUAUCAGUUAUUCAAUGAGGUUCAUGUAGUAAAUGAAAUAGUUGGUCUAAUUUUGCAAUCAUUCACAGCCCUGUGCAAUGAAAACACUAUAACAAACCACUUAUUGAUGAGGGAUAACAAAAACCUGUUAUCCUUUUGCAGUACAACUAUCACAUUGUAAUUACAUCCAAAUUUGUGUGUUUUCUUUUAUAUUCCAGAUAAAUAUGGAUACUUAAAAAUGAAUAAGGUGUUUUCCUGUAUAUUCUAACCGCAUCACAGACUGGUUGUUUGGUUUCUUGGUCUAGGAUGUACGGACACUUGGAGGGAAACUGUUAAUAGGCUGUAUGAGAGCAAGGUAGCUUAUCUGUGCUGAGGAAGGUGGCUCUGUGGACUUGUGUUCCUAAAGGAGGAACAGGAUUAGGUUGUGGAAAAACAGUCCAGGCACAGAUAACAGUACUGUCUCCACAUUUUUAAACCAUUUGCUCUUGGUAGUACAUUAGAGGCAUUCCUACCUUGGCUGUAUCAAAAUAUGAGACAAUUUAAAUGAAAAGCAAAUGCAUUUACAAAUAUAAAGCAAAUAUUCAAAUAUGAUUUGGACAGCUUUAUCUUUAGCUUGUAAUAAAACUUCCCUUAGUAUUGAAUUCAACUUGCAGAUUAUAAUCAAUCAAAGUCAUUAAGUGGUCCGUGGAAACUAAAGCCAACAGAGAGGUAGUGGAAUGAGAGUUUGCCAAAGUGAGGAGAGAGGCCAAAGCCAGCUUAGGUGCUUUGCAACUGUUAAGGCAAACUAAUCUGUUUAACAGGCUUUAUAUGCACCAGUACAUGUGCUCACCCAUUGUGUACAUUAGGUGUGCGCAGUGGAACUUUUUCUUUGUCCUACAUGUGAAUUUCUGGCUUGGCCUGCCUUACUCUUUUUAAUAAGGUCAUACAUAUCUAUUGAGGAUCAAAGACCUGUAUUGCACAGUUAGUGGUAUCAACUUUUCUUCAUAGUCUUAUAGGAAAAUGCUGCCUUUACAAGUAGUUGAGUUCUGUCAGACCUAAACUGUGAUAAUCAAAGUUGUGUAAACAUUCUCUACCUCUUCGUUGUUAUAUUGCCAUUAUUUUUGUUAUCAUCAUAAAGUCUUGGCUGAAUGACAAGCCACGGCAUAGAACAGCAAAAAUGCUUACUUUUUUCUGUUGUCUUUCUCUUCUUAGGUCUCCAAGAUAACCCUUGGUUCUGUGACUGUAAAAUCUCCAAGAUGAUUGAAAUUUCCAAAAUGACUGACUCUCCAGUGGUUUUAAUGGACCUAUUCCUGACCUGCAGUGGACCAGAGAAUCUGGCAGGUGUCCUUUUUCAGCGUGCUGAAAUUGACAAUUGUGUAAAACCCUCGGUCAUGACAUCUGCAACAAAGAUCACAUCACCCUUGGGCAGUAAUGUUCUCCUGCGAUGUGACACCACAGGGUUACCAACACCAGCUCUUUACUGGGCAAAGUCCGAUGGUUCAACAGUCGACAACACAGGUACAUCAGAAAAGUUUUUGUUGUUGUUGUUUCAGUUAAAACAUUAUAAAUUUUAUUUUAAGGUUUCUCUUGUCGCCAUUGACACAAUAGAGUAAAAACUGUGAAAGAGUGGGGAAUGCCAUGUGGUAGAGGCAAGCAGGUUGGAACUGAACCUGAACCGCCUGCUCUGAGGACUACAUCCUCUGUACAUGGGCACAUAAUUUAACCACCAAACUGGUGCUCCAAGUUCAAGCAUUUCAGAACAUGAAAGUAUACUUACUAAGACCUUUAGAGACUUGUACAUAGUUUUAUAUUGUCAUGCCUUCUGUGUAGCAAAAUUAAGCUUGUGGCACUUGCCAAAAUGUCUUCAUUGAUAGUGAGACUUGGUCAGGACACUAUCCAUAUUGACAUUUGUGUUCUUUUUUCACAAUUUAGUCCAGGAGUCACCUGGGGACGGCGUCAGAUGGUCAAUCAUGAGCUUGACUGGAAUAGUGCACAAAGAUGCAGGGAACUACAGCUGCAAAGCUAAAAACGUUGCUGGAAAUGCAGAAGCCACGAUUUCUCUCUCCGUGGCUGGCACCAUGAGCACUACCAUCCCUCCAAUGACCUCUAGCAACGGUACUGCACCAACUGGCCAAGGCACAACUUUGACUCUUCCAACAGAUACCCCCAAUAUAUCUACUGUCACGUCUGCAGCUUUCUCAAGAACCUCAACAACUAUAUCUGUUGUCCCCAAGAGGCCAAAACCUACUCCCAACAACCUUGUACAGAAGGGCUCACUCAAACAAGGAAAGGCUCAACAAGGAGGUAACGGGAGAAAGCUUGCAGCAGAUGAAAAGAGUAAAAAGAGUAAUGCAUCAAAAUCUGUCAAAGACUUGGAAAUUGUUGAAGAAACAUCAAACAGUGCAGUGUUACUUUGGACUGCAGAUGGAUUACCAAAUGAUGCCCCUCUAACGGUUGUAUAUUCACCUUAUGGAGAGGAUGAUAUCAAAAGAACAACAGAGACCAGUGCUGGCAGUGGAAAAGUACUCUUGGAGGGAUUGUCAUCUGGGAUGAGGUACUCUGUUUGCCUUGUUGCAAAAGAAAGUGCAAUCGGUAAAGAUCCCUGCAUUGACUUCUACACACUGGACAAUGCAGAGGAUGGUGGGCAGAGCCAGCUUCUUGUCAUCAUAAGUGGCAUUGCUUGUGCUUUGGUUCUGCCUUUGAUUGCACUGUUAAUCUACAAAAUUCUUGCUCUUUACUGCAAAGGGAGUGGCCCAGGUUUGGAUGAAGAGGAGCUUGAAAAAGAGAGCUACGUCAAGUUUGAAACAAUUUCAAUGAAACAGAGGACCAUGAACAAUCAUCCAACAGAGCUUUGGGCAAGGAGGCAGACCAAUGAAUCAGAGCGAAUGCUCCUAUGCUCCAGGUCGAGCAUUGACUCCCAGAUGACAUACAAGAGUGACAGUUCCCGGUCUGAGUAUCUCUGCUGA